AUGCACGGAUCAAGUAGACGCAGAGAGCGUUCCUCCUCCGUCUCUGCAUCCGGAGCUCCCGGCCAAUCCUCGCGAGACACCGGUCGAGCCCCUGCAGCUCCGCUAGACCCCUCUGCCGAGAGUGUCGCCUCUUCCUCCGUCCGGCAAGAGCAGGUCCGCGAGGCAGAGCUUGCAGCUGAACAGGCACUCAGACAGUACCAGUCUGAGGCGCAGCUCACUGCCGCUCCCUUCCCGUAUCAGGUACAUCGCAAGCCUGCUCCUCAGCAGCAGAGUCUCCGCCAUGUAGCUGGUACCGUGGCAAGCUCGAGCCAGCUGCAGAGGAUCCCAGAGGUCACCUCGGAAGGCUCUUCCGGUGAAGCCGCCUCCAGGUCAGCCCAGGCUAAGCGGAAUGCAGCUACGAUGCCACAAGCCCUCAGAAUCGGUGGACCAAGCCAGGUAGCGGCACAUAACAGGGGUGCAUCGAUGGACGAGUACUCACGUGCGCUGCCGAGAAACUUCGACCCUGUCACUGGAAGGAAGCAGGAUGCAAAGCAAAUCAGCAGAAGACCUAGUCUGCCGUACGUUUUCGAGCCGCUUACUGGGGCACAACCACAACGACGAGAGUUUCCCAACCCGCAUCAGUCCAAUGACGGACCAAGCGACUCGCAGCUUUCCACCGCCCAGCUACAGCGUCGCGCUAGUCAGGAGAUGCAGUCACCCCUCCUCACGCGCAAUCCUUCCUCGUUCGGAUCGGGGCAGAGGAACGAUCGCCAGCCUCGAGUCCAAGCCAGGCAGCCAGAGUUGGACAUUCCACCGACGCCACCGCUCGGGCAGCGCAGCGGCUUCCAGACCAUGCCGUUGUCCAUCAGCAAGGCAAGACCAGCACAAGUUGCGCCUGCGCCUGUGGCUUCUCCCCAGGCGGAUUCCACCUCAUCGGCUUGGUCCUCGGGCACCGAAUCUGAACCAACACCCACAGCAAGCAGCAUCGCUGCGAUGAGAGAACGCAACGCUCAGCUCGAGUCGCAGCUGCUGCCUGUACACCUGACUCUUCCCUCCAGGUUUUCUUCCUCGUCCACCCUUGCUCCGGUUCAGAAUCCAAGGGUGUUUGGGGUCGGUGCAAUCACCAACGUGCCAGCGCCACAGGAGCGACAAGCGAUCCAACCUGUGGCUGUCAGCGAAGCAGAGGUGGCCAGCAUGAAAGCUUCCGCUGCUCCAUUUGCUCCCGCGACGCCGUCCAAGUUAUCAGCGCCCCCCAUCCGAUCCAAUUCGAACGAUACCAGCUACUCGGGCGAUACCAUCGCUCUACCCGACGGCACACAGAUUCCGACUGUUCGCACGGACUUUCAGAACCUCAAGCGCAUCAGCCUGCCGAGACCAGCAGCCAUCGCGGAAAACGCAAGCACGUCUGCGGGCAAGGAGCAGCCGCCAAGCGUGGGUGGACACGUGCUCUCUAAAGCCGAUCCAAGGGUCGUGCCGAAGAACGACGGGUCGUCUAGGACGAUUUAUUCGCCGACACCACAGACGCUUGCUGCAGCCCGAAAGCAGUCGAACGUGCUGCAGGUGCCUCAGGCCGGUGCACAGGGCGAAUCGAGGAGCGAUCAAAGGAUCCCAUCCCCGCUUUCUGCGUCGGUCGAGGUUCCGGCAGCACCGCAGAUCCCACAUUCCCUUCAGUUCGACAGGCCUGCUCUUUCCACCGGUGCCUCACCUCUGAACGCAGCUCGUCAGCUUCCUGAGACCAUUCCCGCUCAGAAGAGCCGCGAAACGAACAACGAAACCCAGCAGGAUACUAGCGGCAAGAGUAUUUCUGGCACAACGCAGGCCAAGUCGGACGAUACCGACGUUCGCAAGCGAAACGAAGUCGCAGCCACAGGUUUCCAGCACGAUCCACGUCGCAACACGUUUGGCGAACUCGCUCCGAGCAUGCUGGAGGAGGCAAACAAGAAGCUCUUCCUUUAUCAGAUGCAGCAGCUCGAUGCUGAAGCGAAAGAAAAGGGGGUCGGGUCGUCUCGUCAGCCUGUGGCGUCAACUUCUCUCGCUCCGCCUGCGGAAGUAGACUCCAGCAAUGCAGGCGAGAAGAGGACCGAGCCAGCAGGUGUGACACCGAUAGUCUCCGUCGUUCGCCGUGAGAGCACUGCCUCGCAGCGCAGUCGACGCGACUCGAUCGGUUCCGCGACCACUGCGUUCGACUCUCCAACUCGUGAGGAGUUCCCUGCCACGGUGUUCAGGCAGCCAGGUGGUGUGUCUGCAAGCGCAAAAGCCAUCCGCGGUACCGCUCGAGAAACCGUUGCGCCGCCAAGCGACGUGCAGGAAGUGCAGGAGCCUGAAGAUGUGGAAGUGCUCCGUUCCACCGACCAUGACGACGACGGAACCGAGAUCGACGAGCACGAGAGCUCUUACGAUCUGUCCUACGACAAGAGGGUGCCGUUCGUCGUCGAUACCUACACCAACAACGGCUACGACGACGACGAUCGAGCGCUCAAAGACAGCACGGAAAGGUCAGAGUUCCGCUUCAUCCCGAUCUCGUCCGUCAAAGCGGGUAAAGCGCGUCGUCCACGUACACGCGACACGCGCGUUUCGUUCCGCAGCAACCCUUCGCAUAUCGAACAGCAGCAACGCCCGGGCUCGAGACAGCACGGUGCCAACCCAACGUGUCGACAGUGCUUCCGUGCCGGGUUCGACUGUGCGAUGAACUUGCAGCUCGGCGAGGGGACUGCGGGGCGCAAGGCGUUCCAGGACUUUGUGGCUGCUGGUGGGCUCAACGCCUUUUCCAUCCGAGACGGCCCGGCUGGUGCAGGUGCACAGUAUGCAGACGCCGGCUCAUUGGCGGAUGGUCAGGGCCGCGCUGGAAGCAUUACUGUGGAAGAGGCACUGGGCCGGAACUAUGUCGACAAGCUUGGCGAGGUCGCGUUUGGCGAGUCUGCCCUCAGUAGGCCCGUCACACGCGGUAUGUACAACGAACUGCUCGAGGAGAAGCAGGAGCAAGAGAGGCGCAAAAAUUUCCUUGCCGAUCACAAGCCUUGGUCCGCCGAUGUCGACGACGAGAUCGAUCUUGCCAAGUCGCAACAGCAGCAGCAGCAGAAGCAGAGUCCGGAUCGGGUCAAACGCAGCAUGAGCAUCAGCCACAAGGACCGACGUCUCAGCCAGAUGACGCUCCAAGACGGGCUGGACAACGACCAGAUCGAUGCACAGGACGCCGAUGCCAGGCAGGUGCUGCUUGGCAACAUCAAGCGCUCAGUAUCGCUCAAGCGCCGAAAGCUCGAGGAAGGCGAAGUGUUCGACUUCGACCCAGCCGAUUACGAGGACGAUGGCGACUUUGAUGACGGAGAACGACACCACGGCGACAACGAGGACGAUGAUGAGAUGUCGUCUGCCUCGUCCGACUCGGACAUUGUUGCGUGGGCAGACCGCUGGAGUGCAUGGACCAAAGUGCGCCAGCUUCUUCUGUACUGGAUCAUCGUUCUUGCGCUCCAAGCGCUCGCGUCCGGCUACUCCAACACUGUCGCGGCCAUCAUUGCGGACGAAAGGGCGUCCGAAGCCACUGCCAUUCUACUGCAGCUAGGCUCCCUUGCAUACAACGGCAGUCAAGGUGGCGGACUGUUUUUUGCCAAUUUCAUCGUAGGGUACGGUCGCCAACGGGCGACGCUGAUCGCUCUGGUGGGUGUAGCUGUAGUCGCUGUCAUUGCAGGAUUCAUGCAACACUGGGUCGCCAUCCUCGCCUGUCAGUCCGUCCUGGGCAUGCUCUCGGGUAUUUUCAUCUUCCUCUCGCUCGCCACAACCUUGGAUCUCUUCGCCACCUCAAAGGGACGCCUUUUCGGUGCGGGAUCCAUCGCUCUCGUGCUGGUGGGAGGGCAGCUGGCAGGACCCUGGAUCUCGAAGCUUGUACUCGAGCUUCUGAGCUGGCCUUGGACAUACUGGUUGACGAGCAUUGUAGCGGGGGUGCUGGUCGUGUACGAUGGGGUAGUAACGCGCGAAACGGCGGCGUUUGUGCUCUUCCGCCGCCACGCGCUGCAGGUCAAACGCACGGGUGAGGGGUGGACGCCUGAGCCUCAGGCCGAGACCCAGAUCACCCAGGCAGUGGCAGAUGACCUGGCGCGACCCGUUCGACUGAUGCGACACAACCCGUUGCUGAUUCUGCUGACGCUAGCCAUUACGGUGUUGGCUGGGAUGUACGCUUUCUUGUUCGGAGGCCUGCAGGCCGUUUUUGUUCGCGUACAUGGACUGUCGAGCACCAGCGCUGCGCUCGCAGUCACCGUCUCGGCUGCAACGGGGCUACUUGUCGGGAUUAUCGCCAUCUACCUCAUCAACUCGAGAAAAGGUUCGCUAAAUGAUGCUACCGGGUUUGCGACCAAGAUCCGCCCGCUGUAUCUCGACGAAAAGGGGCACAUCGACACUCGUCGUCCGCUGCGCGCGAAGACGGAAUCGUUGCUCGUCCCGGGCAUCUUCGCUACAGGUGUUUUCUCCUUUGCACUCUACACUCUGGCAUUGACGUCUAGCUUUGCGACCACGUGGUUCCUUACGGCGUUCAGCAUCGUCCUCGCCACCGCAUCGCUCAUCGCGGUGAGCGUUUCGAUGCUGCAGUAUGUGAUGGACGGAUAUUCGCCACCGCGACGAGUCCUGCUAAGAGAUGUAGUGGCAAGGGAGGAGGUAUCAACACCCACACUGCUUCAGAACGAGGACGACGACCGCUUUACUUCGUUUUCGCGCCGAACGGCAGGGAGGUUGGCGGCUGGCGCAAGUCGGUUCAAAGGCGGUCUGUGCGGUAGACACGGUCGUGCCGAGCGGGAGAGGCUUCAUCAGCACAAUGACGAGCACAAUCCUAGCGAGGGCGACGACGCACGCGAGGUCUGGCUCGAUGCAGGCGAGAGUGUUACCACGCAACGCGACAAGAGGUGGCUCGAUGAGACAGCCGUGGCCGCCACCACUGCUGUCGUCUCGUUGCUCUUCACUGUCUGCUCGGUGCUUUCGUUCGUCUCGUUCCAAGCCUCUGGAAAGCUGUCGUUUGGUGCAUUCGCGGUCAUCUUUGCCUCGGUCGCGCUGGUGGUGCUUCUGAUCCUCCUCUGCGUGUAUCUGUACGGGGCGAAAGCACGAGCUCGCUCGCUGACAAUGCUCGACGAGGGAGAUGCAGAGCGCGCACACGGUCGCCGGGCACAGCUGCGUGAGAAGCGCGCGCUGCAACAUCGACGAUCCUUGUCUCAGUCUCAGGAAGCCACAAGCAACAGCUACCAGGCAGCGGCAGCGACGAGGCAGAACAGAGCGAGAGGCGCACCCAUGCGAAUGGUCAAGCGACUGGUCGAUGCGUUGGGGUACAAGCCGCUUUCGGACGACGGGAUGGAUAUCUACCGACGCGACGACUCGGGCAUGCUGCCGCUGCCUAGGGCACAGAGACGAGCGAGGACACCGGCGCCGCCCCUGAUGCGCGAGGUCGAAGCACAGGAGAUGGCGACCGCCGCAGCUGAGGGAAGACGCGAGUUGUGGCUGGCAAAGCUCGUUGCGAGUCGGGACAGGACGCGGAGCGAAAAUCCUGUGCGGCCUGCACCUGCGAUCCAGCUCAACGAAGCCACUGAAGCGCGUCCCACUGUCUCAGCGCUCAAGCAAAGCAUGAAGGAGUUUGGCGGUGUCAUGCUUGGUCGCACUACCAACACCGACACUACCAACCGAGACCGCGAUCCAAUCGGUCGAACACUCAACGCAUCCACCUCGCUCCCCGUCAACCUGAACUCCACAGCAGCCGCCGCCGGAACGACCACCUAUCCGGCAUCCCCACCCACGCGCCACAACCCAACCCAACAACCCUACCCCCUCACCCCGCCUCCUCGAGCUCAACCUCGAGCCAGCAUCAGCUACAACUCUCCACCUCUUGGUGCAGCUGCACAGCCGCUCGAUAGCGAUCGACCCCGCACGCCGGUCAUGACACGCAAGUCGGUCGACACGAGUUCGCGCGCCGGAAUCAUGGCCCGCAGCCACUCGCAGCCUCUUGGCCUGUAUGCCGGUGUCACGGCAAGUCCGGCCAUGAGCUCGCCAAGGAGAGAGAGGGGAUUGAAGGAGGUGCAGAGAGGCGGGUUGUAA